UCUCUCGCGAUAUUCGUGGCCGAUCGAGCGCCUUGGUCAGUCAUUUGCUUCGCACGCGAAGCGUGUGGCAGACAUCGCAGACGAUGGCGUGCGAAGGAAAGGUGUACGUUCCCAGUGCGAGCGAUCCGGAAGGCGGAACAACGAACGGAAAGAUGAAACUCGAGGAGUGCAGGAUUGCCACCAUGGAGGUGCGAGCCCUGUCUCUGAGGGCCAAGCUGCGCAAGUUCGCCAAGGAGCAUUUCUUCCUGCUCUUCACGCUAGGCGGCGUCGUGGCCGGUGUGGUGCUGGGCCUCGGACUGCGACAGGCGAGCCCCAGCGAGUCCACCAUCAUGCUGCUCGGCAUGCCUGGCGAGGUGUUCAUGCGGUGCCUGCGCAUGCUCGUACUACCCAUGAUGAUCGCCAGCAUCAUCACAGGCAGCGCCAACCUGAGCGGUAAGGCUAAAGGCAAGAUGGCCCUGCUGACAUUCGCCAUUUUCAUCGGCACCAGCUUCGUGUCGGCACUCAUCGGGCUGUCGUUCGUCACCAUUAUCCAUCCCGGAAGCCCCGAGCUCAAGUCUGAGCUCGAUGCUGAGGACGAAGUAAAGGCCAGUGCACACCUGCUAGACACAUUUCUGGACCUCGUCAGAAAUGCGUUUCCCGAAAACCUCGUAGAGGCUUGCGUUGAGCAGGGUUAUACAUCGUAUGAGAAGAAAAAUGUUUCAAUAAGAGGAGAACCGGCGAAAGAAAUUUCGAAGAGGAACUGGUCAAGAAGAAACGGAACCAACUCCUUAGGCUUAAUCGUUUUCUGCGUCGUCUUCGGGGGCGCAUUAGGCACACUCGGCAAGCCAGUUGAAAUCUUGAAGCAGUUCUUCGCGGCACUGGACGUGGUCAUUAUGAAGCUCGUCUUCCUUGUCAUGUGGAUGACACCCGUGGGAGUGAUGAGCCUGCUGUGCGCACGCAUCCUCUCGGUGGGCAGCAUCGUGGCGUUGUUCCACCAGAUGGCGCUGCUAGUCGCCACCGUGCUGUCGGGUCUCGCCGUCGAACUCUUCGUGGUCGAGUGCCUACUGUAUUUCUUGGUGACGCGGAAGAACCCGUUCAAGUUUCUCGGCGAGCUCGCGUACGUGGGACUGUGCGCCUUCGUCACGGCCGCCAGUGCACCCGUGAUGCCGUUGACGCUCAAGUGCCUGGAAGAGAACUGUGGGCUCGACAAGCGCGUCACGAGGUUCGUGGUGCCGGUCGGCGUCACGGUCAACAUGAACGGCACUGCACUCUUCAUCACAGUCUGCAGCAUCUUCAUCGCGCAGCUCAACGACAUCGCCAUCUCGUCGGGAGACUACUUCGCUGUCCUAAUCACGGCGACAGCUGUGAGCGUAGCAGCGACAUCGGUUCCCAGCGCAGCUCUGUUCCUCAUGGUGAUGACGCUGUCUGUUAUCGGCGCACCGGUGAGCGACGUCAGCCUCCUGUUCACCGUCGAAUGGCUACUCGACCGCGCGCGGACGACCAACAACUGCUUGGGCGACUGCUUCACGAGCGCAUUGGUGGACCACAUAUGUUUCCGGAAAAAGCCUUGCGAGCUCAACGAGGUCGUCGUCGUCGUCGCCGCUGACGAGGGAGCGGCCGAGAAACUGCGAGACUCGACGCUGUGAUCGAAAUCCCGCUAUACUAUAUACGCUCGAAGAACGCUCACAACGAUUCUCAUUCGUACGCGGUGCUACGAAAAAAAAUAAUAAGCGUGCCGCAAUGCAACGAACUCGCACAUUGCAAGAUGUAGUACAUCAGUACCAACUUUAUGUAUCACAUUGCCAACGCGUUUUACCCGGUGUAUUUUAACGCCGAGAUCACGCAACCAACCACCCACCCCCCUCCUGCGCGUUCUGCCUUGCCCUCUCGCAACGCUAGCCUUAGUGACUCUCACUAUCGCACAUGUCUCCACGCUGGCUGAGCAUGACGCACUGAAAGUCAUUAUGAGGUCGCCGGCUAGAUUCCCAUCCGGUGCAGCUACGUUCUCAUGCUCUGAAUCAAUGCUAAAGCCUCAGCUUAUUUAUUCUCAAAGCAAUACGCGUUAGGAAACCGCAGGCGGUCAAGUAUAACUUCCGGCUCUCCUUUACAACUUCUCUCGUUGGUCGCGGUUUGCUUUGUGACGUGCAACAUAAUGAGUCAGUCAGUAAAGACAGAGCUUUUUACUCACUCUGUCUUCAAUCUGCGACUUAAUAAUGUGUGAUGUGGUUGUUGCGGCCAACCUACGUGACAACCUGUACGCAUGUUCACGUUCGCUGCUUCGCACUCCGUGCCAGUCAACUUUUGCCCGCCAAAACGGCAAUGCACACGCUCCCUGUUUUUGGUAAAGAAUAUGGGUAUAUACAAGGUCCCAAUGCAACGUGACCACCGGCCUUACUAUUCGCCCAUAAACGAGCAGCGAAAGCUAUGCAUAACCACACCCAUUCAGCCCUGGGUGGGUGAUUUCUUGA